AUGUUUUCGGUCACAAAAGAUUUUAUGAAUAAAGAGGCCCCACCAAAUUAUGUGGCAGGUCUUGGUAGAGGGGCUACUGGAUUUACGACACGAUCCGAUAUUGGACCUGCCCGAGAAGGCCCGUCGGAUUUUAGUGAUGCGCUACAAAAGAAAGCUCAACAAGACGAAGAAGACGACGACGAGCGUUUUCAAGAUCCCGAUAAUGAAACGGGUCUUUUCGCAUCGGCACCAUAUGAAGAGGAUGAUGAAGAGGCUGAUAAGAUAUAUGAGGCCAUUGAUUCAAAAAUGGAUGAACGACGAAAAGCUAGAAGGGAGGCCCGUGAAAAAGAAGAAUUAGAAAAAUAUCGGGCGGAAAGACCUAAAAUUCAACAGCAAUUCGCUGAUUUAAAACGGGGUUUAGCUUCAGUCACAAAUCACGAAUGGGCGAACUUACCCGAUGUGGGAGAUCUUGUAGGAAAAAAUCGUAAAAAAACGAAUUUACGCGAACGAUAUUACGCAGUCCCAGAUUCUCUCCUUGAAAAGGCCAGAGAAGAGAGUCAAUACAUCAAUAAAUUAGACGCCCAACAACAAAAAUUUGGGGGAUUUACAACACCUUCUCCUGAUACGGGAAUGAUGACUAACUUUAUUGAAAUUGGUCAAGCUAGAGAUAAAGUGUUAAGUUUGAAAUUAGAUCAAAUAUCUGAUUCAGUGAGUGGACAGACCACAGUAGAUCCAAAGGGUUAUUUGACAGAUCUAAAUAGUGUAGUUAUUAAAAGUGAUGCAGAAAUUGGGGAUAUCAAAAAAGCUCGAUUAUUACUGAAUUCAGUUAUUUCCACUAAUCCUAAACACGCACCAGGUUGGAUUGCGGCUGCUCGUUUGGAAGAGGUGGCAGGAAAACUUGCUCAAGCACGUAUAAUUAUUGCUAAAGGAUGUGAAGAAUGUCCUAAAAAUGAAGAUGUUUGGCUUGAAGCUGCACGUUUAAAUAAUCCUGAUGCUGCAAGAACUAUUUUGGCAAAUGCAGUUCAACAUCUUCCUCAAUCAGUAAAAAUAUGGCUUCACGCAGUAAAAUUAGAAACUGAUCAAAAAGGUCAAAAAAAAGUUUUACGAAGGGCUUUGGAAUUCGUUCCUAAUUCAGUGAAACUUUGGAAAGCAGCAGUUAAUAUGGAAGAAAAUCCAUCUGAUGCACGUAUCUUGUUGGCACGGGCUACAGAACUUGUUCCUUUAUCUGUGGAAUUAUGGCUAGCUUUAUCAAGACUUGAAAGUUAUGAUAAUGCCAAAAAAGUUUUAAAUCGUGCACGCACUCACAUACCUACUUCUCAUGAAAUUUGGAUAGCAGCUGCACGUCUUGAAGAACAACAAGGCAAUGAAAAAAUGACAGACAAAAUCAUAGCUCGUGCUGUUACUGUACUUUCUGAGAAAGGAAGCGUAUUAGGCAGAGAUCAAUGGUUACAGGAAGCUGAAAAUUGUGAAAAAGAAGGUAGCGUUGGCACAUGUCAAGCCAUAGUUAGAAAUACCAUUAAUAUGAAUAUAGAGGAACAAGAUAAAAAAGCUAUAUGGAUGGAAGAUGCAGAAAGUUGCAUAUCACAUGGAUCCAUAGAAACGGCUAGAGUUAUAUACGCUCAAGCUUUAAAAGCUUUUCCUGGGAAAAAAUCAAUUUGGAGGAGAGCAGCAUUUUUAGAAAAAUCACAUGGUACAAGAGAAUCACUUGAGGAAUUGUUACAGCGGGCUGUUAGAUUUUGUCCUCAAGCUGAAGUUUUGUGGCUUAUGGGUGCUAAAGAAAAAUGGCUUGCACGCGAUGUUAAUGGUGCUCGUGCCAUUUUAACUGAAGCUUUCAAAGCAAAUCCAAAUAGCGAACAAAUAUGGUUAGCUGCGGUAAAACUUGAAGCUGAAAAUGGAGAAUAUGAACGUGCUAGAAUGUUAUUACAAAAAGCUAGAGAGCAGGCAGGCACAGAAAAAGUAUGGAUGAAAUCAAUUGUUUUGGAGAGACAACUUGGUAAAAUUAACGAGGCUUUAACAUUAUUGGAUGAAGCUUUGAGCAAAUAUCCUACAUUCGAUAAGUUAUGGAUGAUCAAAGGUCAAAUUGAAGAUGAAAAAGGAGAUUUACCCAAAGCACGUGAGGCCUAUCGUGAAGCCGUAAAGAAUUGUCCGAAAUCUAUUCCUUUGUGGAUACUUGCUUCUCGUUUAGAAGAAAAGGUAGGUCUUUUAAUUAAAGCUAGGGCUACACUUGAGGGAGGACGUCUAUUAAAUCCGAAAAAUCCAGAAUUAUGGUGUGAAGCUAUUCGAGUUGAAUUAAGAGGAAGCAAUAUAAAUAUGGCUAAAGUUUUAUUAGCUAAAGCUUUGCAAGAAUGUCCAAAUUCAGGUCUUCUAUGGUCAGAGGCAAUUUUCAUGGAACCUCGUGCACAACGCAAGACCAAGUCGGUUGAUGCACUCAAAAAGUGUGAUAAUGACCCAAUUAUUAUUUCUACCGUGGCUCGUUUAUUUUGGGCUGAACGUAAAGUGGAUAAAACACGUACUUGGUUUGAAAAAGCAGUUAAGGUAGAUCCUGAUCGGGGAGAUUCUUGGGCAUGGUUUUAUAAAUUUGAAUGUCAACACGGCACAGAGCAACAACAAGAGGAUGUUAUUACAAGGUGUGUGGCUGCCGAACCACAUCACGGUGAAAAAUGGCAAGCAGUAGCAAAAGACAUGAAAAAUGUUGGCAAGAACGCAGAACAAAUUCUUAAAUUGGUCGCAAACACUCUCUCUUGA